CUAAAACGAGUUUUUUUGGUCGUUAAGUUUAAUUUUGUGAUGGCUACUUUUUAAUACUUUUUAAAAUUACUUAUCUAGUGCAAAGUCUGAUAUUAUUUAGUUGAAUGUAGAUGAAGUACUGUUUUUUAGCACAUGGUGACAGUGUUUCUACGCUAUCAAAAAUGUACUUCAUAGGACUGUCUACACUAUACGAAAUUAUAAGUGAAGUAUGUGAACAAGUAUGGAAUAUUUUGUCACCAAUAUAUCUGCCAGAAAGGCAAAUUGCAGAUUGGAUUGAAAUAGGAGAAAGGUAUGAAAAUCGUUGGCAUUUUCCUAAUUGUCUGGGGGCACUAGAUGGAAAACAUAUAAGAAUUAGUAAACCCCCACGAUCAGGUUCAGCCUUUUUCAACUACAAGAAGUAUUACAGCUUCGUAUUGAUGGCAAUCUGUGAUCCAGAAUAUCGUUUUACUUGGAUUGACAUAGGGGACUAUGGAUCUUUGAAUGAUGCAAGUGUGUUCAAUGCUUCGGGAUUUGGUCAAGAAUUAGAAGCAGGAAGAUAUCCUCUUCCUGAAGGAAAACCUUUAUCAGGAAUGAAUGAACAAAUUCCGUAUUUCUUCAUCGGAAAUGAAGCAUUCGGUUUACGAUCAUAUUUAAUGCGACCAUACUCGAAGCGAUAUUUAAAAUACGAUGAUCAAAAAUUAUUUAAUUAUCGUCUGUCCCAUGCUCGAACGAUAAUUGAAGAUACUUUCGGCAUACUUGUAACCGUUUGGCGAAUUCUUCAAACAACACUAAGCUUCAAGUUACGAACUUCAAUUCUGAUUGUGAAAUGCUUGUUGUGUUUGCACAAUUUUCUAUUGUCGAAGGAAUCGCAAGAGCCGGAAGAAAAUAGGAAGUAUGCCACUGAAAAGUUGAUGCAAAAAAUUAGAGAAAAUUACAAAAGCAAUAAAAGUAGUAAUGAAGAUUUUGGAAGAAAAGAAGACGUAGAAGACGUAGAUGAUGAUGAUGAUGAAGAAUAUGUAGUAGGAGGAAAUGACGAUGAUGAUAAUGAUAAAGGGAACCGACAAGAAAGAAUUAAAAUCCCAAGAAAAGUUUGUUCAGAAAGUCAAAAAAUAAGGAACAUACUAUGUGCAUAUUUUGCAAAACAAAAUAAUUUGAUGUAAUGAGAUGAUUUUUGCAAGUACAUUGCAAUACAAUGUUAUUUAACAAGGAAAAUAUUUAUCAUCGCAGAUCAUUAUGCAUGUUGAAAAAAUAUUUUGAUAAAACAUCUUUAAGUUAUAAAUAUUAACUUAAUCAAGUAACGAAUUUUAAUACUGUUCAUCAUAUAAUAUUGUCCGAUUGAAGUUUCUUCAAUAUCUUAAUAUUACAAUUAAUAUAAUUUAAAAGUAGUGUAACAUUUAAAGGUUUUUGAUAAACAUUUUUAUAAUUUAUAUACUUUGAAAACAAAAAAAAUUUUAAAACAAGUUAAAGAAAAACUUAGUUACAAAUGUAAAUUAAUAAGGAAUCCCAGCAUCAUGCAUAACACAUUCCAUUUGCUCCAUUACAUAUCCGAAGGCCUGUUUCUUCAUUGAUUUAGGGAUUUUUCUAAAUAGAUUAAUCAUCUCCUCUUCAUAACCAUCUUUGAAUGUGGGCUGUGAUACACUGCUCACUGCAGAUUGACUCUGAACAUUAUGAUUAUUUAACAGUAAAUUUUGUUUUUUGGCGUAGUAAUUAGUAGCCACUUUCGUAAAUUUUUCAAAUGUAUUGACAGCCUCUUCAAAUUUCAAUUCACAUUGAUCAAUGCUACGUUUAUUUCUUCUCGCAAAAUUAUCUUGAGGAGGAUGGAUAUCUGUGCAUAAAUAAAUAUAUAAA